AUGGCAGGCAGGGUCAGCCUGGGAAACAGGACCUCGGACAGCACCUCGCUAACGUCUUUUUGCAAACACUUAUUCUGCACACCUCCGUGGUUCGGCAAGGGCGCCCUCUCCGACCUGCGCAUGGCAUUCCCACUGGAUCAGAAGCGACAGCUCUUCGGCAUCAAGUGCGCCAAGUGCGCGGCGGGCUUCAGCAGCAGCGACCUGGUGAUGCGCGCCCGGGACCACGUCUACCACCUGGAGUGCUUCCGCUGCUCCGUGUGCGGCCGGCAGCUGCUGCCCGGGGACGAGUUCUCGCUGCGGGACCACGAGCUGCUGUGCCGCGCCGACCACAGCCUGCUGCUCGACCGCGCCGGCUCGGCCGAGAGCCCCCCGCGCAGCCCGGGCCACCUGCAGGGCGCGCGGCCGGGCCUCCAGCUCGCAGACCCGGCGCCCGGGCGGCAGCCCGCCUUGCGUCCACACGUGCACAAGCAGGCGGAGAAGACGACGCGGGUGCGGACGGUGCUGAACGAGAAGCAGCUGCACACGCUGCGCACCUGCUACGCGGCCAACCCGCGGCCGGACGCGCUCAUGAAGGAGCAGCUGGUGGAGAUGACCGGCCUGAGCCCCCGCGUCAUCCGCGUCUGGUUCCAGAACAAGCGCUGCAAGGACAAGAAGAAGUCCAUCCUCAUGAAGCAGCUGCAGCAGCAGCAGCAGCACAGCGACAAGGCGAGUCUGCAGGGCUUGACCGGGACCCCGCUGGUGGCUGGCAGCCCCAUCCGGCACGACAGCGCCGUGCAGGGCAGUGCCGUGGAGGUGCAGACUUACCAGCCGCCCUGGAAGGCGCUCAGCGACUUCGCCCUGCAGAGCGACCUGGACCAGCCGGCCUUCCAGCAACUGGUCUCCUUCUCCGAGUCGGGCUCUCUGGGCAACUCCUCUGGCAGUGAUGUGACAUCGUUGUCUUCCCAGCUCCCCGAUACCCCCAACAGCAUGGUCCCCAGCCCGGUGGAGACGUGAGGAACGCGCCCCUUCUCCUGCCCCCCCCACCCCACGGACUUUCGCAUGGUCCUGCUCCUUGCAUGAGGUCUCCCGAGCUCUGAGCAA